CCCAGGGAAGACACGACUUGAAGAUAGAUGAAAAAAUACUAAUAAACCACCAUUUAUCCACGAAUAUCGGACAAGAUGAGUUUCGGCGCACCGGGUGGCGGUGCAACCAACAUCAAACCGACACCGCCGGAGCGUGGUAGCUUCCCCCUUGACCACGAUGGAGAAUGCAAACAUCUGAUCUCCAGCUACCUGAAGUGUCUGAAGACGCAACGAGGCGUCAACGACGAAGAAUGCCGGAAACUGGCCAAGGGAUACCUAGCAUGCAGAAUGGACAGGAAUCUGAUGGCGCCCGACGAUUUUAAAAACCUAGGACUGAUCUUCAAUGACCAAAAGGGCAAUCCGUCCUCGCAAAGUGGAAAUCAAUGAGUUUUCUAUUAUAAGACUAUCUUGAUUUUGUCAUAUAUAGUGGAUUCCUAUGUCCUUCGGCUCUUUCGAGCUAUGGCGUUCUGGCUGGGUUUGUAUAAUACUCCUCACUUUUAAAAAUGAAAUACCAUAUAAAAAA